UCAAUGACGGCCAAGAUCCAAAUACUCUUCUCUUCUCUGCUUUUUUUCUUUGCUGCUCUUCUUCCUCUUCAUUUCUUCUCUUUUGCCCGCCCUUUGUUUCAGAUUUUCUCCUCUUCGGUCCUUUUUUUGUUUCAAUUUUGUGUUGCCGUCCGCUUUUUGGUCUCAAAUGGAGAUGGAUUUCUUGGGUUUGAGCUCUAAGGAGCCAUUGGCUGUGGUGAAACAGGAGAUUGACAACGAUGGAGCGCAAGAUUCUGGGUAUACUAAAAGCUCUGGUGUUCCAUGGUCCUCUAACAAGGCCUCUGCUCUUCCUCAUCUGAUACCUUUCAAGAUUUCUGCAGACGACAAGACUUCAAAGCUCGGUUCUGAUCCAGUCGGGGCUACUUCAGAUCAACGAAGAGCAGCAGAAAUCCAGAAAACGUUCAAUCACGAUAGGCAAGGUGGUCCUCAUUUUUCCCUGGCAGCUUAUCCUAUGCAACCUGAUUUGUAUUCGAUUCAUCGUCCUCAUGAAGCAAAACUAUUUUCAGUUCAAAAUCAAGGUAUAUCUGUUUCUUUAGGCAAUCCAUCCUUGAAGAACCCUUUUGCUCUUCCUGGUCAGAUGGCUGGUCCUAUCCUCAAACAACCACUUGGAGGAGUACCUGUUUCGACUGCUUCAAACUCAUUUUUCCCGCCAUUUGGUUCUGUUGUCGGGAUUACUGAACCAUGGAACAGCAUGAAACCUACUGGAGGUUCUCCAAACCAAUUGACUAUUUUUUAUGGUGGUACCGUCAACGUCUACAAUGACAUUACCCCUGAAAAGGCUCAGGCUAUAAUGUUCUUAGCUGGGGCUGGGGCUGCCAUCUCCAACAUUUCACAUUCAAAAGCUCAAGCUCAUGCAAUGGGUGCAAAAAUGGCUGCAGCAAGUGAUGCUGCUCCUAUGAAUCAGCCCGUAAGUGCCUUGCCUUGCCCUGCUCUCUCUAGCCCAUUGUCUGUUUCUUCUCACACAGGCACCCAGUCUGCAAGCGGGUCGAGCUGCACUGAUGAGUUGAGAGGAGGUAAAACCAAUGGAGUUCCCACAACUCCUAUCAGCAAAGUAGAGCCUCAAAGAAUUGCCAACCCGGGUGUAUCUGUCACUGCUAGUGCUAUGAUGCCAUCUGCCGUUCCACAGGCUCGCAAAGCAUCCUUAGCUCGAUUUUUAGAGAAGCGCAAGGAGAGGGUGAUGAGCUCUGCUCCAUACAAUCUUAGCAAGAAAUAUCCUGAGUGUGCUGCAACAGAAUCCAACGGUGCAAAUUUCUCGAGUCCUAUAACGGGCAGCAGCGCUAAUGUGGCAAGCUAAGAGCAACGAUCAUAUAUGAUGCAGAACUUAUGAGAAGAAUGAAUUUUAUAUGAUGUUUUGUAAGUUAAAAGAAAAGAAGAUGUAAGCUACUGAUUCUUACCACGGUCUGUUAUUAUCUGGACAAACUUCAAGGGCUUUGACUAUUCAAGUUUCAAAAGUUCCACGUCUUAAAUAAUAUUUCCACAUACAUAGUUGUUCUAAGUUGUCAAUUAAUGUUCAAACUUUGUUGGAUCAAUUGUUUCCAACACUCUUUAUGUAGCCUUAAUGUAUACAUUAGUAUUUCUUGUAACUAUUUCAUUUCUCUCUUUGUAAAAUCUUGUUACUUAAUUGAUGAUCGAUCAACUUUGAUAUUA